AUGAGAUUUUCCAAUGCGAACAGACAUUUGAGCGUUUAUAUCUCGGUGCCAUAUUUGGUUCAAAUGCUCCAUAUUUCAUCGCUGGAUGGAGAAGCGAUUUUCUAGAUCAGGUCACAAAUGCUUAGCCAACAGCUUAACUAAUGAUGCCUGUAUUUUUAGAAUCUUUGUCAUAAAAAUCGGACAUAUGAAGCAAAGAAAAGAGAAAAGAAUGAAAAACCAUCGGCAUUUUAUGCACUCAAUAAAAACGCUAACCAAACCAAUCGUAUUCACCUUUUUAGAUUCCUACCUGGAUGAAAAUAUUCGUGCGCUCGUUUUUUAUCUGGAACAUGCAAAGAAUUCUCGGCUGGAGUUUCCUGUUCAUCUGAAUAAAUACGAGGGCACCAAAGUUCUCAGAUUUAUUGAUGUGCCCAUCGACAGUUGCGGCAAGGCAAGCCCGAUGCGUGUUGCACUUCAAGCGUCCUCACCUGAUUUGUUAUUAACAUUACUUCGAUACGGUGCCAAUGUAAAUCCAAAGGAUGGUGGAAUGAUGCCAAUCGUUGCGAUACUGGAUAAGCUGGUUGGAUCGCCCGAAUGUACGCAAAUACAUGUGGAAACUUGUUUGAAAAUUUUACUGAAAACUGUACCCACCAUUGAAAUGCCAUACAAGCCAUUUACAUUCGAGCACCGAAAAGGGAUGUUCAUUCAAAAGUAUGAAGUGUUGUUCGAAAGAGGAUGCAUUAAACAGGAGCAAGUGUUUGGUGUAAUGGAUUUAAAACAUUUGUGCAGAUGCACGAUUCGUGAGAAUUUGCGAGCCAAUUAUCAAUUGCCAUCUGGAAUUAAUAUGUUAAAAGUGCCAAAAAGUUUAAAAUGUUACAUCGAUUUAAUGGAUUAACGGCGGCAAUGUGGUCCAAUUUCACAAAGUUUGUUCUGUUCCUGUCCCUGUGCGUAUACGUCUUGGAAAAUGGAGUGAAGAAAAACACUUUGUACCAGACAUCACCGGUCAUCCAAGUGAAACGAUUGAAGCAGAAAAGGGAAAUGAGAAAAUGGCAUCGGUCAGGUUGGACACACAGCUUGAACACAACAUUUCCCGCAGAGCCUACUUUUUUUACACACCAAACAAAAAAAAAACGAAAUAUAUACAUAUACACCGAGUGAAAAUAAUGAAAGAAAUGAAGAAAAUGGAAUGUUAUCAAAAGAAAUAUGCCUAUAUACACAUUUUACCGUGCUGAACAAA